AUGACAUCAGGCUCCGCAUCGUCGACUUCUUCCACGGAGUCAAAGAUUCUCUUCCCAAAGGGGUUGUACGAAAGCGUCUUCUGCGAUGUAGUCUGUCCGGCGUUCCUUCCCAUCCUCCGAACCGUCCGAAAAGGGAAGCUUAUUUUGGACGAAGACCUUAGAUGCAAAGUGCUCAGCCUUUGGGUGUACAAAGAGCAAGGAUCCAGUCGCAGGGCAGCUGCUGAAGAUGAGGAUGACGAGGAAGAUGACGAUGGAUAUGACGACGAACAUGACGAGGAAGAUGACGAUGAUGAUGACGAUGACGACGGAGAUGCGUAUGACCUAGUGGAAGCAGAGUUCCUGGAGAUUCUGUCGACGCUUCCCAAGGAUCGGCAAAGGGCGGUGCUUGAUCCGUGGAUGGGUAUGCUGCUUCAGCCGAAGAAUGGAAGCGGGGAGGAGCAAGACUGGGAGCCCUGGUUCGAAGAUUGGGUACAAGCCUUCUUCAUCCAUCCUUCCAAAGAUGAGACGGACGAUCAGCACCAGUCUGAGAAGUUCGACCUGGCACAACCAGCUUCGACGACUCCGUUGAGGGGAGGCGGCGUCCAGAUGGUUCAAGCCCUGCUUGAUUCCACCAAGAGCAGUAUGAAAGGUAUUUUCGACAGGGUUGACGGAGCUCUGAGUGGCCAUAUGGCCGGAAAUGAUCAGGACGGUCAAUACCAUAGAAUACCAUAG